AUGCUCGUGAAAGCGGUGUCUCUCGAUUCCAAUAGUGUUGUCGAUGAGGAGGUCGAUACAGACUAUAUUCUGUAUAUUUGCAGCAAUUUCAUCAUUGUCGAUCAUAAUAAGCUGGUCCAUUUUGCACAUCUCUCGGUUCAAGAAUAUCUGAUGAACGGCGCAAAGCACGGGUAUAGCACCGUCGACGCACACAACCAGACAGCAAUGGAUUCCCUACUAUAUUUGCUUGCGAGUAAUUUUAAAAAUGGCACUGACACCGGCAAGAAAGACGAGUUGCUUGAACUUACAGCAUUGUAUUGGCCGUUCCAUUAUAGCUUCGCAUUGGUGAAUGAGGGAAAAGGAACCCCACUACAGGCUCUCCUCAAGAAGUUCCUGGUCGCUGGAGAGAUUAGAAAUGGCUUUACCACAAGAUUUGAAAAUCUGACCAGCUGCUUUGCAGAGCUUACACCCUCACGAGGCUGA